GACAUGAAGCAACACGUCGAACACCUGCGACGCGCCUUCGAAAUUUUUCGACGAGAACGAUUCUACGUCAAACUGUCCAAGAGCGAAUUCGCCCUUGAAAAGGUCCAGUUCCUAGGACACAUGGUGAGCGCUCAAGGAGUUCACGUCGACCCCAAGAAAUUCGAAGCCGUACGUACGUGGAAGACACCCGAGAACGUGAAGGAGUUGCAGCAGUUCCUAGGCUUCGCCAAUUACUACAACAGGUUCGUGCCACAGUAUGCAAAACUCGCGGCACCACUCACGAAUCUGCUGAAGAAGAACACGCCCUACAAAUGGGAGACGAAGCACCAGGAAGCCGUGGAGCAGCUGAAGCAAGCACUUACGUCCGCACCGGUACUCAUCUUGCCAGAUCCCGAACGUGACUACGUCAUUGAAGCAGACGCCAGUGAUCAGGCAGUGGGAGCAGUCUUAAUGCAAGACCAGGGGAAUGGACUACAACCAAUUGCCUACCUUAGCAAGAAACUGCACGGGGCAGAACUCAACUACCCGAUACACGACAAAGAGGCUCUUGCUAUCAUCAUCGCCUUCAAAGCGUGGAGAUGCUAUCUCGAAGGACGAAGAACAACCGUCUACACCGACCACUGCAGCCUGAAAUAUUUGAAGACACAACCAACCCUUUCCAGGCUGCAGGUCCGGUGGAUUGACUUCCUCGAGACACACUUCCACUACGACAUCGUGUACAAGCCCGUCCACAAGAACAAAGCAGAUGCUCUCAGCCGGCCUGCACACGUUGCCGCGAUUCAGAUCGAAGGGAUGAAUCCACUACUCAAGGGACCCUUCACACACGGUUACUACUCGAAGAAUACCACGACGUCCUUGGUUAGCCUAGACUUCAUCACCGGGUUACCACCUACCUCCAGCGGUCAUGACGCCAUCCUUGUCGUUAUUGACAAGUUCUCCAAAAUGGGACACUUCAUCCCGACACACACGACGGCACGCACCGAGGAGACAGCACAGCUCUUCGUUCGUCACAUCAUCUCACAGCAUGGCAUCCCAACUACACUCAUCUCCGACCGAGACCCCAAGUUCACUAGCAAGUUCUGGAAGGAACUUAUGUCUCUUCUCGGGACCAAACUCGCCAUGUCAUCCGCAUACCAUCCGCAGACAGACGGACAGACCGAGCGCCUCAACCAAAUUGUUGAGCAACUCCUCCGAGCAGCCUGCAAGGACGACAUCUCCAAAUGGGACUUGCACCUGCCCGUUCUGGAGUUUGCUUACAACAACGCCACACAUGCCGCUACUGGACAGACGCCGUUCUUCCUCUGCUACGGACGCCACCCACUCACACCACAGAAACCGACAACAUCAGCAACACCAUCUCCCAUCUAAACUUCGACCUCGCUUCUGCGGG